AGUCUUGCUCAUCAUUACUUACUACUUACUUCUAGCGUUGUGGACGAAUUCGCCCAAGGGGACAGGGCAGUAGAGUUCCUUGCAGCCAAGCUAUUCGCUUGUCCCUUCUCUCCUCCCCUCCUUCUGUUCUCUGAAUCUUUUCCCUCUUUUUCUCUUACUUCGCCUUCAUCCCAUUCGUUUGCUACUUCUUGUUCUUCCAUCCAGUAUGGAAACUGUACCGUAUCUUUGUCGAUGGAUGAAACACAGAUAGUCGGAUGGAAAGAAGGAUGCUCUUCGUGAAAAUAUUGUCUCUUUUGUGAACUCACUCCUCCGUUGUGGGUGGCGUUGUUGCGCUAGAGCGCCGUCAUUGUUCAAAGGAACUGGUAUAGGGAGUACAAGAAAAACUUCAAAUCAUUUCCCCCUGGUCCAUACUCAAUUAAAUCGUCAGAGGAAACGUUCAACGUAUCGGAGAGACCUUCGAAGAAAAGCGAGACACCAGCAGCGUCCAUCAGUUUGGGACGAAUGCUUGGGGAGUCAUGAGUAGACGAGGUCCUUGUCCGCAUGUGCUUCUAAUCAAGGGUUGAAGAAACAUCACAGAUAGUUCCUAAUAAGCUCGUGCUCCUCGAUUCCCAUUCAAAAUGAACCAGUGUCUUUGGGUUCUUCUGGUGCUAGUGGUCUACCACCCUUGCAUCAACUCCAAAGAGUGGGCGAUCUGUGUGGACCAGGAAGGAACACAGACCAUUGAGCACCUUGCCGUGGAACACAAGGUCGAAGUAUUGGGGGAAAUUAUUCCCGAAAGUGGUUGCUACCAUGUCAAGACCUCCUCUACCAAGCGAUCGAAGCGAUCACCACGGGGAAAUGUCAUCCAGGAGGAAACCGAUGAGUCUGACAUUCUUCGAGGAAUCGAGCACUCAUAUUUCUUGGAAGAGCAGCUUCCGAAAAUACGCACCAAACGGUUAGAGUAUCAUGACUUUGGUAUUUCCCACAAAGGGCAAGCAUUCACACGUUAUGGGCUCAACGACCCCUAUUGGGGGAACAUGUGGUACUUGAAUCGAGACAAUGAGCUCACGAUGAACGUGGAACAAGCGUGGCAGGAGGGGAUCACGGGACGAGGCGUAACAGUGACGAUCUUGGAUGACGGCAUUGAGAAGGAUCAUCCGGAUCUGAUUAGAAAUUAUGACCCAUUGUCUUCCACCGAUAUUAAUGACAACGACAGUGAUCCCAAUCCACGAUACGACCUUUCCAACUCCAAUCGGCAUGGAACGAGGUGCGCUGGUCAGGUCGCAGCUUCUCCCAACAACUCGAUGUGUGCCGUGGGCGUUGCAUUUAAUGCUCAAAUUGGAGGCAUUCGCAUGCUAGAUGGACAAGUUAGUGAUGCCGUGGAAGCCCGGUCCUUGAGCUUUAAUCCCGACCACGUGUCCAUCUAUUCAAGCUCAUGGGGUCCAAACGACGAUGGUAAGACUGUCGAUGGACCAGGGAAAUUGGCCUUCAGGGCUUUCAAGAACGGAAUCACUCGAGGUCGCAACGGAAAAGGAUCCAUAUUUGUAUGGGCGUCAGGCAACGGUGGUCGAUACAAGGACAAUUGUAACUGCGACGGGUAUGCCACUUCAAUCUAUACCAUCACGGUCAGUAGUACCUCCGAAUCGGGACAGAUUCCGUGGUAUUCAGAGGCUUGCUCAUCUACUCUUGCAACAACCUACAGCUCGGGUACUUCGUCAGAGAGGCAGAUCGUUACCACGGAUCUGCAUCAUGGAUGUACCACCAAACACACGGGGACAAGUGCCAGUGCCCCUAUGGCAGCAGGGAUCAUAGCGCUAGCCUUGGAGGCCAAUCCCCUCUUAACCUGGCGGGAUGUGCAACAUAUCAUUGUCUUGACGUCUAGGCCUCUGAACUUGAAAGCCCCUGAUUGGAAGAAGAACGCCCUCGGGCGAUCAGUAUCCCACUCGUAUGGAUAUGGGCUAAUGGACGCUUCGGCCAUGGUUAAAUGGGCCAGAGAAUGGAAACUUAUGCCUAAACAAGAAGAAUGUCUUGUGUCCUCGCCUUACUAUUACAAGAUUAUUCCAGCCAUGGGGUACAUUACCAUCGAAUUAGAGGUUCACGACUGUCCUGGAAUCAAAUAUCUUGAGCACGUGGUUUCCCCCGUUCACGUAACACCUGGACGGAAGCGAGGGGAUCUUCGAAUUUAUCUUCAAUCACCUCAAGGAACCAGGUCGACACUGUUGGACGCAAGACCCCAAGACUUCUCAUCUAGCGCUUUCAUUGAUUGGCCUUUCAUGACUGUGCACACAUGGGGAGAGAAUCCGGUUGGAAAAUGGAUUCUAGAGAUUCACAACGAUGCUUACUCAAAAUGGGCAUCGGAUGCCAAGUUCUUCAAGUGGUCUUUAGAGCUCUUUGGAACAGAGACGGAUCCUAAUCAAGAUGAUACAAAUGCUCACCACGGAUUAGACAAAGAAGAAGAAAAAGAAGAUAAAAAAUUCAACGUGGUCAGAGAGGCAGUACGCGACCCGUCAGAGUUCCUCCCGCCAAUUGAAUUGGAUAGUGAAGUGAUUUUAAAAAAUAACAGUUCAAAGUCUGGCCUUAUCGAAAGCCAGACCAAUAAGUUGUCGCUUGGGAUUCCGGAUAAAUUGAAUUUAGAGGACGUUCAAGACCGAGGCUGUGUCUCCAAACAGCUUGAGUGCACCAAAAACAUUGAGGAAUGCCGAACUUUUACUUAUCGCAGUGUGGCCGGCGUGUUUUGCACAUGCAUCGGUAUGUGCCUCGAAGUGGCCGCGGGGGGUCUAGACACUUUUAAUAUGCAAUGUCUCUUCACCAGAGAUGAAGAUCCGCCUAGCUCACCAUUCAAAGAUAUCCCCAUGUACUGUCAGUUCAUUCCGUUCCUGAGACCUGCACUCUAAUCCCUCCGCCACAAAAGCCACAAAACGAGUUUACUUCAGGGCUUCCAAGUAUUCCCGCCAUUUUGCAAAGUUAAAAAUACAUGACAAAGAGUAGAAGAAGAUUUAUUUGAGUUAUACUUGAUAUUUGAUGACAAGUGAGUCAUAAACAAUCACAAAUUACGAUUCAGAAGACACUGGCUGAGCUGCUUUUUUGGCCGUAGAAUCACCACUGUUUGGGCACGGAAAGUCUAACGAGGUGUCACUGACCUGAAGGCCAGCCAAUUGAGCAAGAAGGUCAUCUUCAUCUUUACAUAAUGCCUCCAACUCUUUAUCUAGUUGUGCGUCACUCAAACCGGGAUCGCCUCCCGCCAAAACACCCGCGAUUUCAUCUUCCAAGUGCGUCAUGUCGUCCAGAUCACUCAUCAAGUCCUGGAUUUCUUGGACGGAUUUUGAUUUCUGUGAUUCUGAAAGUGCUUGAGCUCCCAACUUUAACGCUGACACAACAUUCUGGCUCAGCAAUGAUGACUCUAACGUAGAUUUUAGACUUUCUAGUUGCAGAAGAUAGCCAUUCAUCGUGGCUACAUUCUCCUUAAUGAUGAGCAAUCGUUUUAAGCAGAUUUUGGCCUCCGUUCUCUGGCCGUUCUUCAGCCAUUGUUUGACUUCAUCUUGUAGCGGGCUCAUUCGAACUUGAAGCUCUUUUAUUCGUCGAUUCACAUGCUUGAGGGUGAGCUCUAAGGACACCAAUUCCUUCUCAUCUCCUUCGAUAGAAGCGCUACCAAUUUUAUAGACCACUGAAUCAUGAUCUGUUAGUUCCAAUUGGGACAUGUCACCGUGGGCCAUCAAGAAUUGUAAACAGAGCUCUUGCGUACUUGGUUGGAUGCUCAUGUUUGUCAGGAUUUUGUUACAAUUUGCUUUGGUUAUGAACUCAUAAUUUCCAAUCGAAAACCGAUCUGGCGAGGCGCCAAUUUCGAUCUUAACCGAUUUGGCCAGUAUUUCAAGUGUUUCAGGAUGAACAUAUUCUCCCGAGUUUUGACCCCCCCACGCCCAUUUCAGGGCUAUUUUACUUCGAACAAUGAUAGGCGACAAAACAAAACCCAGCCAAGACUGAGUUUUGCGUAAUUGAGCAUGAGUAUUACGUAAAAGGGUUUGAUAUUCAGCACUUGACACCAGUUUUCCCGAUUGUAUCAUUAGCUCGAACACUUCGGGCAAGACCUUGGGUUUGCAAUGUGGCCAUUCUUGGAUGUCCCAAGGUUCAGUUAAUGGGAAAACGGCCUUCUUUUCCACCAACAAGCCGGAGGCAAUCAGAUGCUCCCAGAACUCUUGUUUUGCGUCUAAAGCCUCUGGAUUCAGUUCCCGAGGACGAAAUGGUGCACAGAGCACUCGCUGACGCUCUUCGUCCUCAUCAGGAGGACCAGGCAUUAAUUUGAGUGAGACUUUGACCAUCUUUAAUCUACCAAAAAGCAUGUAAAUUAAUGAAUUUGACCUACAUGUCA